AUGGUUCAUUUCAUAUUUUUAUUCCUGAUCCCAUCUGCAGUAUUCUGUUCAUGUAUAGAUGAUGGCGUAAAACAUGUUGAAAAUGAAAAAUGGGUUAGAAAUGGAAAUUUUCUAGUCACAUGUCUGGCUGGUGAAAUAAAGGUGCUAAACUGUCUUACGGAUACUGGUACCGUACUCGAAUUAGGCACAACAUCAUAUGUAGAAAAUGGAGUUGAGUACUCGUGUACAGGCGAAGAGGAUCCCGUAUAUGAAGGAUCCGGAGAGGAAAUAUCCGUGAACAACUGCCCGGAUAAUGCCGAUGGUUCUGACGAUAUUACAAUUGGGAAUUUUUUGAUUUGUUGCGUAUCGAGACGUUUCAAAGGUUGCGUAGACGACUACGGAGAUUCUGUCAAGACUGGACAUUUUGUGUUAGGAAAAGGCUUACUAAAAUACUGUAAUAUCCAGAAGAAAGGUUUACGGGCUCGGAUUGAGCCGAAAGGAUGUUUCAACGGAUCACGAACUGAUGACGUAGAGGACGUUACUUUCCAUGUGAAGAAGUACACAGUUUGGCGGCAAGGAGCAUACGACAUGAGAUGUGGGGACGAAGGUAUUCAUGUCUACAGAUGCUAUGUUGGCAAUAAAGCGGUCUAUGUUGGACAGGCUUGGAUAGACGACGAAGGAGUUGUUAAUAUAUGCAAAUAA